GCCAGUUAUUGAAGGCGAAGUCGUUCCACAAACGCCAUUUUCUGUUGUUCCUCGGUUUUAUAACCCACACUCUAGUGUUAUCAACAACUUGCUCCGCCGUGUCAUGUGAAUAAAGCCCCCUCGAUCCCAAAAAACCCCAGUGUCAAGUGCAAAGUGUGUCUGACCCGGGAUUUUAGUGAGGACUCGUUGAAACCUCGAGGGCGAUGCCCGAACACGCGACCGGGGGUGCGUCGGCGGAUAUGAUAUCAAGAGAUCCAAAGCGGUGAGUGGGUCUUGUGGUACCUCGAGUGAGUCUCCAUCACUCUAAAAAAACUCCCCAAGAUGCCACUACCAAAGAGACUGGUUGAGCCAGUGCACGUUGCACGUGGUACAAUACCAGAGUCAUUUCCACUGCCGUCCGAGCUUGAGGCUGCGACAAAUGGCACACUUGCAAACACCAUAAGGCAGCUGUCGAGUUUAUCCCGACACGCUGAGGAUUUAUUCGGUGAAUUGGCGAGGGAGGCACAUACACUAAGUGAUCGCGCUAAUUCACUACAAGCGAGAAUAGACAGAUUGGCUGUUAAAGUUACCCAGUUGGACAGCAAUGUUGAGGAAGUCUCCCUGCAAGAUAUUCACAUGAGGAAGGCCUUCAAGAGCUCUGUGGUAUUUGAUCAGCAAGUCGUCUCCAGGGACACCAUGCCCACGGCUAUGCUGGAGACUUAUCAACAGUGCGACACACCUCCGCCACUCGAUAAACUCAAUGUCUACAGGGAGGAUGGUAAAGAUGGCUUGAAGUUCUACACAGAUCCCAAUUACUUCUUCGAUCUGUGGAGUCAAGAAAUGCUCAAGGAUACGGAGAAAAAAUUGCACGAUCGGGGGAAAAAGACCGAGUCUGAAUAUGCCGAACCGUUCAGAGAGCCACACAGGCCUCGGAACGAUGGGGGCGGCGGUGGAGGUGGUCGACACAAGAAGCGUGUAAGACAACCCCACAACACGAGAGAGAGACAGCGACAAUUGGCGGUUGGUCAUGGCGAGUACAUAAUGCCAACUCAGGGGGUUCAGUAUCGUACGCCCCAUAAUAUUCCAGACGAAUCAUUACUGGGAUUGGUAAUGACUGAUCCGAGACCACCAAGACCCAACAGUAUAGAGUUGAGGAGGAGUUAUCCAGCUGAUGAGCAGAAUUUGUACAGUCCACCAACGGCAAAUGAUCAUUAUAGGGCGACAAAUUACUCAGCCCAGGGUUACGACGACGGUAGUCUCUACAGUUCGCACUACGCAGCGGGCCAGGGCCAGCCAGGAAGUGAAACGUACCAGUCGCCGGGUCAGAGUACUCCAAGCAGAGGUGGCAAAUCCCGACCCUCUCAGCCACCCCCAGCCCCACCCAGCAAUGCAUCGAGCAAUUCAACUCCCACAAUUGCAUCCGCCAAUAAUACCCCAACGAGGGGUAGAUCAAUGAGCACAGGAAGAGAUACACUUCCACCUCCGCCACCACCACCCGGUGAAAUAAUGUCACCGCCAUCGAUGAAUGGCACUAUUCCGGCCCAUUUGCUCAACAGAAAUGGCAGUCGUUCCAACAGCCCUCUGCCGAGCCACCAGUCGACACCAACGCCUCCGAAUCAUGGAAUGCCAAUGGGUGUUGAUGAGCCUGAUCCAGCACCACAGGAUUUACCACCACCACCACCCACUCCUGAUCCAAUACCGACGAGGCCAAUAUCACCCCCCUGCAACAUUCCACCACCACCACCACCUCCACCACCACCACCAGUUGCUAAUGGACCUGUGCAAGCUCUGCCACUUACCAAUGGAGAUAUUGCCAAGAUGAUUGCUACUAAUCCACCGAAAUUGAGACCCAUCAAGAAUAUUGUCGAUGGACAGAUCAAGAAACCACCGAAUGCUAAUAUUCCUAUCGUCGAUCCGAGGAAUGAUCUGCUGAAGGCCAUCAGAGAUGGAAUUAAACUCCGAAAAGUGGAGAAAAUUGAGCAGAAGGAGGUGGAGCGUGUCAAUGCCCUGAAUGACGUGGCGUCGAUAUUGGCACGACGUGUGGCUGUUGAAUUCAGUGACAGCGACUCAGCAUCGGAGAGCGAGUGUGACAGUGAGGGCUGGGGUGAGCAGGACUCGAGUUUAGCGUGACCCGUGUCGUAUCCACCCACCGCAUCUGUCUCGUAAACUAUCACAACAAUGUUUGAUGAGUGAAAACAGGAUUAGUGAAUUUGAUGAACGCUGUUGAGAAUUUGUGCAUGAAUUUUCAACAGAAAAACAUUGAAAUUCCGGACUAGUCUUUCAAUUUUCAGACAAUUAGGAAUGUUAUUCGUGGGGGAGUGAAUAUUCAUGUCGAAUUAUUUGGGAAUUGUGGAAGUGAAAGAAAAAUAUCGAGUCAUUGACGAUGAAAAUCGGUCGAUUUAACCCGAAAAUAAAAUAAAAAUCAACAGUUUUGUUUUGAUCAGACUAAAAAUUUCGAUUCUUUUCCUGAAUAUCUCCCAGUCGAACGAUACGAUUUUGACGAAUCAGGCGUCAUUUUAAAGCUAUCAAAAAGCCCUUCAAAAUGAAAAAAAAAUCGCCGAUUUUCACUCUGCCGAUCUCGAGUUAUCACCGAUGAAAAUCGAUGGAUAAAAAAAAAUUUCCAACAGUUGAAUGUUUUUAAUUUAACGCGCACAUAAUUGUAUCCUCAACUCAAUUAAAACUGUUCUGAAAGCGCAUAAUAGGUACAUUCCGCAAGUACUAUUGAUAAGUGAUGAAGGGGGAAUUAUAACAGAUCUUCUACUCAUUAUUCUUCGUGUAAACGAGUGCUUUCUCUAAUGUAUUUUAAAAAAUUUAACAAAAUGAAUUGAUUCGAUGGUCGACGACAUCUCGAGAACUAGAUACCGAAAAAAAAAUUGACAAAAAUCUACUGAGAAUGCAAAUACUCCAUUACCAUAAGCUUAAUAAAUUAAAAAAAAAUCAGAUCUUCGUAAUUUCUUCCAGACGAGCGCGAGGUAGAACAACAGUUGUGAUUUAUUUUUCAUCAGUAACAAUUGAAUGAGAACAACAAUUCUAUAAAGAUAUAUAAACAUAUAUUGAUUGUUAAGACAACGCAUAAUUGAAUGUGUUAGUCUGAUGGACAUGAUUAAUUAUCAAUGUGAAUUCAAAACAUGUUUUAUCCAAAAUGUUUGAUUGGUGAAUAUUUGAUGCUUGUUAAUAUAAUCUAAAGCUGCACGUAAAUUAAUAAAUUGAUUAAUGAUUGAAAAUAAUCCUCAGUAAUGCAGAGCCCUGUAUAAAAUGCUAGGGGGAGGAGCUAUUUCUUCAUCAACGACGAGUGUAAAUUUAUUAAUUGUAAUAAUUUAAGUUAUAGUACACGGUGAAAGCCCCUAGGAAACCAAUAAAUCGAUCAUUCUUCAGUGUAACAUGUUUAUACAUAAAUAUAAUAUACAAAUCUUAUUAUUGAAGCUGAA